AUGCAUGAGAACAACGCUGGUGGUAAUUGGCCAAUACGUCCACGUGCGUUGAAUUAUUAUGAGGAUGUGGUUAAUGCUCAGGCUAGGGAGCAUGUAACGAAACUUCCAGCGAUGGUGGAGGAGACAGCAAAGUCAAGAGAUGGACACUGCAGGAUAUCAACAAAUAAUCAACGUGAACAAGGAAGACCAUUUCAAGCUAAUCAUCCUCAACCGAAGGAUGUUCAUACUAAAACAAACUCAAGUAGGAGUUGCACAAAGAUUGCUAUCUCUGCAUCUAACACUGGUGGUGCUUGGGACAACGCCAAGAAGUACAUCGAGCCGGGUGUAUCAGAGCACUCAAAGAGUUUUGGAUCAAAGGGUUCAGAGCCACACAAGGCAGCUGUAAUUGGAGAGACCAUUGGAGAACCAUUGAAAGAUACUUCAGGACCUUCGUUGAACAUCCUGAUCAAGCUCAUGGUUGUUGAGUCUCUUAUCUUUGCUCCCUUCUUUGCCACUCAUGGUGGUAUCCUCUUCAAAUAUUAUUUCUGUAAACAUGCUCCGAAGAAUCACCUCUUCCUCCUCGCUCUGUUCGCCCCCUCGCUUCUUCGCUUGUUUCGCCAGACCCCUCACUCUUACUUUUCGCUGUCAUCAUCUUCACGGACCACCGUCAGCGUUUCCGGCCGCCACCACCUGCGCCGACUAACCGCUCCUACCACAACUCUUCGUAGUAUUUGUUCACACUCUCCAUCUGAUAUCGUCUCCGAGCAUCCUGGGAUAGUCAGGAUCUACAAAGACGGUCGUGUCGAGCGUCUUUCCGGAACAGAAACCGUCCCAGCAUCUCUAGCCCCACAAAACGGCGUCGUAUCGAAAGACGUCGUGUACUCACCAAAACAUAACCUCUCGGUUCGUCUCUUUCUUCCUCAUAAAGCUAGAGAACUCACCGGCGCCGCGGGUAAUAAACUCCCCUUACUUAUCUACAUCCACGGCGGAGCAUGGAUCGUGGAGUCCCCUUUCUCUCCAAUUUACCACAACUUCCUGACGGAGGCUGUGAAAGCCGCGAAUUGCUUAGCCGUCUCGGUUCAGUACCGCCGUGCACCGGAGCAUCCGAUCCCCGCGGCGUACGAGGAUUCAUGGUCUGCGAUUCAGUGGAUCGUCUCACAUUCAGAUCGGUCUGGUCCUGUAGAUUGGAUUAACGAAUACGCAGAUUUCAACAGAGUUUUCAUGGCCGGAGAUAGCGCAGGAGCCAACAUGUCUCAUCACAUGGCCAUGAGAGCAGGUGAGGAGAAGCUCAACCCUAGAAUCAAAGGUGUUGCGAUUGUGCAUCCAGCUUUCUGGGGAACGGAUCCUGUGGACGAGCACGAUGUGCAAGACGUAGAGACGAGACGCGGAAUCGCUGAGAUUUGGGAGAAGAUUGCGAGUCCUAAUAGUGUGAAUGGGACGGAUGAUCCGUUGUUUAACGUUGUUGGAUCCGACUCGGAUUUUUCAGGGUUGGGAUGUGAGAAAGUUUUGGUCGCGGUGGCGGGGAAAGAUGUGUUUGUGCGGCAAGGGUUGGGAUAUGCGGCUAAGCUGAAGAGGAGUGGGUGGAAAGGAGACUUGGAGGUGAUGGAGGAGGGAGAUGAAGAUCAUUGUUUUCAUCUCUUAAACCCCAAUUCUGAAAAUGCUCCCAAAUUCAUGAAGAAGUUCGUCGAGUUUAUUACCAGUUAA